GCGACCGUCCGGCCAUGCGCCGCUGGACAGGACUGCCACGGGGCCGACGUGUCAGUAAUGAGCGUUGGCCACGUUACUCUCAGGCACACCGGCCGGUGUAGAGAGACAAAGACGCAAAGGACACCUUUGCUUGCAUUGCUUCUCCUUCCCGCAUGUUCUUGUCCUCUCGUCGUCGAACCCUCGAGCUCUUCAUCCUUCAGCUCAGGAUCUGCAAGGCCGAUCAAUCGCAUAUUCGCAUGCAUGGUACAAGAGAGAAACAGGGCUUUCGAGAAUUCAGGACGAAGGGAAAGCCUCGAGGAGACAUCACAUCAGAUCAGACAUGGAUGGGCUGCCUAGAGAGCUGUGCAUCAACAUCUUCCACCUCCUGGAUCACCAGUCCCUCGCCUCUGCUCCCCAAGUUUGCAGGAAAUGGAGGGCGCUGACCUCCGACGAUGAACUGUGGCGCAAGCUGUUCAACGACAGGUGGGGAGCGGACGCCGCAGCGUUCUACGCGCCGGAGGGCUCCUCCAAGUCCUGGAAGGACGUCUUCGUCUUGCAGGACCGAUCUCACCGAUCUGUUCCCAAGUUCCGGUGUUGCCAAUUGGCAAUUGCCUCAUGCUACUACUGCUGUCGAGCAACAGUUGAGCCGCUCAAGCACAGGCAGGUCCUGCAUCUGCUUUCUCAGGGGUAUCAGGCGGAUCAUCAGGGAAGGGAAGGACUACUGCUACCUGAUAUACCAUGGCGAGAUCCAGAGGUGCUUGGGCUCCUGCCAGGACAUGGACACGGAUGGCGACUGCGGCAAGAACGCGCCGCGGCAGGACGACGCCUGCCACGGACGAGCAUCGGCAGAUAUCAUCGGACGCCAAACGUGUCAAGAAGGCCUGAACAUGUGCUACCCUUGUGCCCCUGAUCACCAGCACAUUGUUCCACGCUUGUAUGGCUCUUGUUAAUUUGCAUCCUGUGUUUCUGAUGUGUUUACUGAGACUAUGGUAACAUGGGUAAGACUGUUACUGGUAGGUGGUAGAUGCUUUGGUUGAGUCAGCGUUUCAGAGCACCUCUUGCCAUUUCCAAUGCUCCCUCGUAGGUCUUGUUGCCCCCAAUGAAGCCACUCAUAUGGACAAACACACAACCAGGGA